UGUCAGUUGCCAGGAUGGAGUGCUUAGCUUGGGACAUAAAAAGGUGACGUUCUGGGUCAAAAUACACAUUGUUUGCGCGUGGGUGUAAUUGCUGGGUAGAAGCACGCGUGCACUCCAAGGGGCCAAUGGGUUGUUCACAGUCCCCAUGUCAACGACGUAAAAGUCACACAAGCCCUCUCUCUAUCUUGAUCGGGCGAAAUACUGGCCAAUGAUCGUAAACUGAUGUGGAAAUCAAUGUGCCGAGUGGUGUAUGAAUUAUUGAAUGCCACACGGCUUGGCCUCAUAUAAAAGUAAGCACAAUAUUGGACCUAAGUCUGAUGCGCGUCGGGCCGUACGUGUCCGGUCCAAGGCCCCAUUAUAGUGUAUCACAACUGCUACAAAUGGACUGGUAGGAAAGGAUUAUUGUCAAUGAUUUUUCUGGAGUCACAUGAUACGUGUUAGAGCUCUGUGCAUGUACUGAUGUACAUGCAUGUACGUGUACAUCGUGCCAACCCCUUAGUUGUCUAACAUUUUGACGGUUGUCGCUGCCAACUUGAAGGUGUGCAGAACAUCGACAACUCAAUAUCGUACUGCUGACUUGCUUUACACGAGGCGGGUUACUCGCAGCUUUGGAACUCCAGCACGGCACCCCGAAGAUGACAUUCAUCACUGUGAAAUAUGGGGAUAACGAACAGAAGCUAUUCAAUCCUUACUGCUCUAGCUUAAUUCUGUUGGAGUGUAUUCGCAAAAACUGCAAUAUAACCGAUGCCGAUGCUACAUUAGACUUAUCAGACGCACUGGGUAGCAUCAAGCGUCUACCGGACAACUUGCACUCGUACGCAAAUACUUUGCUGGACGGCAGGGAGACUUACUGGGUCAUCAAAGUGGAAAAAGGAGCUGGUGAAAACGACCCAACAAAGUAUACGCUACUCAUAGAUGACCCCGAGAAGAACUGUCCAGAGUUAUCAAGUCGCUUGCAAGAUCUAUCUCGUCCGACAACGCGAGGCCGGAGGGAGUCUCAGUGGAGCAAUCUCAGACGUAAAUUGCCCCGCAACAGGGGCUCUGGCCGACCCAAAAGUAACACCAAGAAACGGUAGCGAGCUCGCCAUUGGACAGUAAAGAGUGCAUCACAUUUUGGCGCCACAAAUUCCCAGCAGACGAUGUUUACGCGAAGUACGAGUAAUGCCGCCGUCUUGGGUUGUGUUACUCAUCCGGCCUCGCUCACAAAAGUAUAUCGGUUUUGUACAUUUGAACGAAUAUUCAUCAUAAAUUACUUUAUAAAUAUGUCUUCAUGAGCGUCAGGUUUAUCUACAUAUUUCAAUAUUUAGAGAGAAGUUAUAACUCUAUAAGUUUAUAGAAAUAUAUAAAUAUGUUGUAUUCGGUAGAUUAAUUUUCCAAAAAGGCGGCAUCUUUGCGUUUCACUGAACGAUCAAAAUCUUUUGGCGCCUCGUUACCAAAGUUUUGAGGCUCGAGUUUCGAGGACACAUUACAUAACACUCUUCAAACGAGAUUUUUCUUAAUAUUUAUUUGCUUUUGGAGCCACUGUAAUAGUUUUAAAUGUUUUUAUGCCGAAAGACAUGAAAAAUAAACAUUACUUAAAGAAUCAACUUCGAUGAAGGUUAUCAACCUGGAAAAGGAGAAAAUAAACAGCAUGUUAUAAAAUACUAAAAAUCAUCAACCGCUGUUUUGCAUGUUGUUUUUUGGCCUAAUUAAAUAUGGGGGAAAAUGUCACAAAAACUGUCUGCUGUGCGAUGCAAUUACGUAUGAGCAUGAUACCUUUACGUUGAUUGGUUGAUUGAUUGAAACGUCAUUAUCUCUCCAUUUCCUUUAAUUUUCGUUUUGCGAACUGAACAUUAUAAUGAUCAAUAUGUUAAUGUCUUGGGGAUUAACCUAACAUUGUUAACCACGUGCGUGAUUGAAAUAAACUAUGCUGACAAUCACUACCAGUUGACAAUAUUACAUCAUGCAUACGGCUCUGGCUGCUUAAAGAGGUACUGAUUUGGCGCCACUACCACAGGGGCAGGGCUACAUUUUAGUCUUGGGUUAAAGUUUGGUUGGUCUUUGGCAACAUUUGGGUGCUGAACAGGCAUGAAAAUCCACUCUGUGUAAACCUAAAAACUAAUUUCUAUCUGCUUUAUUGCAUAUUACAAUGACCAAAGAAGAAGACAUUGUUUUAAACAAUUUGGGAAUUCAAUGUUACACAUCUUGCUAAUAUGCGAGUUGAUAUUUUGGGAUGCCUCACUUAGCGAAUAAAUUUACAAAGAAAUCAUACAGAAUGCACGAAUUGCACACAAUCUUCAAUGGUUUUAAAUGAAAACAAAUUAUCAAACAAUGAACAAUUUGAUCAAAUAAGUCAAAUUUAGAAAAAACAUAUUACAAUCACACACACUCAUGAGAAAACAAUACCGCUCCAAAGAGAAUAAACGAUGGUGACAAGUAAGCAACUGUGUACCGUCACUGUGCUUGUGCCAGGCCGAGGCACAAGACAAUGGCUGUUGAAUAUUACUCCAGUAUACCAGGCAAGAUAUGGGAUGGAGGGGUACCCCCCUUACCUGUCCAAUCCCUAUAUGCACUCUA